UCCGGCUAGUGCUGCUCCCACCUCCCUUUCCCACAUCGCCGCCGCUGCUCCGCGAAGCCUCUCGACGCUCUAGCUGCUGUCGCCACCCGGACCCGGCCAUGGCUGACCAACUUACCGAAGAGCAGAUUGCAGAAUUCAAGGAGGCCUUCUCCCUCUUCGACAAGGACGGGGAUGGCACCAUCACCACCAAGGAGCUUGGCACUGUGAUGAGGUCUCUGGGUCAGAACCCCACCGAGGCAGAACUCCAAGACAUGAUCAAUGAAGUUGAUGCUGAUGGGAACGGCACAAUUGACUUCCCAGAGUUCUUGACCAUGAUGGCAAGGAAGAUGAAGGACACAGACAGCGAGGAGGAGAUCCGAGAGGCUUUCAGAGUGUUUGAUAAGGAUGGGAAUGGCUACAUUAGCGCAGCAGAGUUACGCCAUGUGAUGACAAACCUAGGGGAGAAGCUCACUGAUGAGGAGGUGGACGAAAUGAUAAGGGAGGCAGAUAUUGAUGGGGACGGGCAGGUCAACUAUGAAGAGUUUGUGCAGAUGAUGACUGCAAAGUGAAGCCCGCAGAGUGGGUGGCUGGCAAUGCCCAUUCUCCUUCGAUACUUUUCUCCAACACACUCUCUCUACUUAAGUAACCUGGUUCUCUAAGCAAAACAAUCGGCUGUGGAAUAAAUCUGACCAAGCAAUUAAAAAGAAAAAAAAAGAAACUCCCCAAGCUGCAUGAUUGCACUCAUCUCUCCCUCCUUCUUCUUGCUCUCCCUCCUUCCCCCUCCCCGCCUUUCCUUCCUUCCACCUCUUCUGGUGCAUACCCCCCAAAAAACCUCCCUGAGAACCUCCAACCUUGUGGAUGUCUUUUGUUUCCAUCGGGUCUUCUGUUCUGCAGCCAGAGCUGGCCUGUCUCCCAGGGCGCAGAUAUCUUUCUCUUUCUUUCAAGAAUCCACACGAUGGGGGUGGAGAGAGCGCAAAAACCUUCUUAAUCGUGUUGCAUGUGUCUGGCACUGUGGUCGUGCGCAUUGACAUGGCGGUUGCCACUGAAGGUCUUGCCCCAGGGAACACCGAGGAGGGGUACAAGGAGGAAACUGGGUUGUUGUUUUCCCCCCCUUCGUUUUCGUGGGAGGGGGGGCACUAUCCCACCGCCGGGGUGCCUGUGGCUGAAGGCGGGUUCCAGAGAGCUCCGUCAGCAUGAUGUGGGGAGAAGAGGCUGUUAAAAAGAGGGGGAGGGGGGAGCGUCCGACAACUGUCCGAUUGGCUCUUUAAAGAAGAAAAAAAAACCACGCAAAACCGAACCAACCGCCCAUAAUUUUAACUUCUGUCUUUGUUCUUAACCUUGUAUAAAUUGUAAAUGUCCUUACAGUUUCCUAAGCAUUGUGUCCAGACAUUGGAGCUGCUAUGUAAAUACCUGAUGCUACAGGCCCCUUUUGCGGGGAGGGGGGGUCGCCCCGCGUAUGGCGACGGCGAAUGCUUUUGAUUGGCAGCUUGAGGGGUUUGGGGGGGGGAGGCGUCGGAACGGAACCGCAAUAAAACAGUGAAGCCGCUGCUGAGUGAAUGCCAACUGCGCCAGAACUCCCUCUUCUCCCUCCUUCCUCCUCCCCCCCCCCCCGCCUUCCUCAUGCGACGCUUCAUUUUUUUCGUAGUGGCUCUCUCGGUUUUAACGCUUGUGCCGCACCUUUGGCUUCAGUGUCUGUGCUCUUUCAAUGUUGCUUCCUUAACUCCGCCCGUCCCCACCCGCCCCGCCCCCUUUCUCGCGGCAAAACAGCAUGGGCCGCAAACUUGCUUCUCUUUACUUUUUUCACUUUUAUUUUUUAAUCCAAAAAAAAAUAAAUAAAUAAAUAAAGAAGAAGAGAAAAAAAAACCAGUUUUGGAGGGGGAAUCGAAACAGAGCUGCAGAAUUUCCCUGAAACCGGGUGAAAGAAGAGUGCUUUGCGCAGUCCGUGGCGGAUUUGACCACGCCCCCUCUUAUUAUUAUUUCCUGUCUUCUGCACUCCUGUGUUGAGCAGAGGUGGAGGGAUCUCACCUGAGAACUUAGGCAGGGGGCGUGGGGAAGGUUGGAGCAAGAAUGUCUUUGAAAGCAGGUGGUGUUGUGUUCAGUUCAAGCUGUGAAAAUAAAAUUAUAUCAAUGUUUUCCAAUAAAAUGCAGUGACUACCUGAAA